AUGCAUGAGUCGUUGUGGCGGCCCAACCCGCUGAACACCACACCCGGUGCACAACAUCACCUGCACCCUAUCAUCUGUGAUCCAACGUUGGACACUAUCUCAUCGCACCGUCGGAGCUCUGAGGACGAAGGUAGCCCGGGCGUGGGAACCUCUCCGUCGGACCUCGUGCUAACCUCGAUGGAGGCGACAAGCCCCGAGAUGAAGCCGCACCUCAUGCACCAGCACUACCCCAGCCUCGCUCUUGGUGGCCUGCAGCAGAUGGGCCACCACGCGAUGACCGGCGGCGGCGGCCAGUCCAUGGGCGGCCAGCAGCCCGGCGGCGGCAGCGCCGCGAGUAAGGCGGCGCAGAACGCCGACCGCGUCAAGCGGCCGAUGAACGCGUUCAUGGUGUGGUCGCGCGGACAGCGUAGGAGGAUGGCGCAAGAGAACCCGAAAAUGCACAAUUCCGAGAUCAGCAAGUGGCUGGGCGCCGGAUGGAAGCUGCUCAGCGAGGCGGACAAGCGGCCGUUUAUCGACGAGGCCAAGCGGUUGCAUGCCAUGCACAUGAAGGACCACCCGGACUACAAGUACCGGCCGCGCCGCAAGACCAAGACCCUGUUGAAGAAGUACCCGAUGGCAGGCUCCAGCGGAGGCGCCGCUGCCGCGCCCGGCAGCACCGUCCUGUCGUCCGAACGGCAGAGCUCGCAGCAGACGCCGCAGCAGCAGGCGGCCAACGCGCAGCGCGACCUUUACGCGCAGAUGCCCAACGGCUACAUGCCGAAUGGCUAUGUUUCGGCGCCGGCGGCCAUGAUGUCGUCGCACUGCGACUCGGCGGCCAGUUACCAAUACCAAUACCACAUGAGCGGCUCUUACCACCAACAGGCCUACGACAUGCAAGUUGCGUGCCAUCAGCAGUACACGAACGUCAUCAGCGGCACCGGCUACAUGUACCAGUCGUCCAACUCGUCCAGCGGCGGGCCGCUGAGCAUCGGUGUUCCUCAGAUGUCUCACUCGCCCAACAGCGGGAGCAGCUUCAAGUCGGAGCCGCACAGCCCCGGCACCGGCAGCAACGUUGGUACCAAUAACAAUGUCACUAUCAUGCGCGAGCUGAGCAACCCUUCGGCGCAGUCGGCUGCCCUGAUUUACGGCCAGCAGCAGCAGCAGCAGCAUCAGACUGCAGAUGGAAACAUUAACCGCAUGAUCUCAAUGUACUUGCUGGACGGUCAGCAGCAGGUGAUGCACCCGCACCCGUACGCCGCCUCGCAGUACACUCACGCUGCCCAAGCCGCCCACGCUGUCCUUCAGCACCAACAGCAGCAACAGCAGCAGCACUCUGCUGUAGACCACCUGCAGCAACCCUCGACGCCCAACCCAUCUCAACCUGGUAUGAUUUCUCAGCAAUACCAACAAGCAGAGUAUUCACUCACCUCUUUAUAGUAU